ACAACAGUUAUUGGAGGCGGUCCGCUGGGAAGCCCCAUGUCUACAAACAACGGCGGCGGCCUGGCAGCCUUGGGGGGACGCCUGCGCUCCAACAGCCACUUGCAAUCGCCGUCUCUGGCGGGGCUUUCUUCGGGAUCGAGGCCGUCGGCAUUCAGAGCCGGUCGCUGAUGCAUGACAGCCCAUUUAUGAUCGAUCGCCAACUGAGCGGAUACUCGCUGACUGACAUGGACUCGCCUAGCCACGAGCAGCUGCAUGUGUCAAACUCUGGAAUUUGGGAUCCGUACAAUUCGCCCCUUGGUGCCGACUCUGGCAGGGACCACGACUCACGCAACUCAUACGGGUUUUCGCUGGGUGGCCAACAUCUUAGUGGACAGCGCUUAGGCGCCGGGACACUACAUCAGCAGCAGCAGCAACAGCAACAAAAUUGGCCGAGAUCUCCGAGGACGGCGUUUCAGGGAAGCGGUCAGGGCUCGCCAUUCGCAUCUGCGUUUACGGGAAUUGGCGGUGAACCCAGGGGCAUUGCUUUGCCACCCCUCGCAUCCGCCGGGCAUCUUUUUGCUGACAGUACAAAGCCAGGUGCGAUUGGUCAAAAGCUUCAGCGCUCUCAUCUCAGCACCUUGAGCACGCCGACAGACGCCAAUGGCGCGUACAAUAACAGAGAUCAGGCCCGCAGCGCCUUCUCUGGGUUCAACGCAUCUGGCUCGGCAGCAAGCAUUGCUGGCAAAAUAGCCACAACGUCUCGUCGACCUCUUCGGACAACUACGACGAAGUGUUUGAGCUUGAACAGGAUGUGCCCAUGCAGGUGCGCGAUAUUGGAGGAAGCACCCAUGUUAACAGUAGCGUUGCGAGCAACCCGCAGUUUAUUCCGAUGGAAGGGUUCUCGCGAAAGCUCUCUGGGAUGUCUUUGGGUCGUUCUGAGGCCGGCUCUUUAGUCUCGUCGUACACUGCAUCAGCCAGCAGGCCCAUUGCCAAUGUUUCUGCCAUUGCCAACGUUUCUGCCAUUGCCAGACCGUCGGCAUAAGAGCCAAAGCAGGCCGCCAGUAUCAACAAAAAAAUGAUGACUACAAUUUGCCAGAGGGAUCAAACCAACCAAAAAAAGGGACAAUCCGCAAACGUAAUAUUAUUGUUCAGCACCAGGCAAAAUGUAUGUUACUUGUUGCAGGGUUGGCCUUGACCACAAAAAAAAUUAAAAAUGUCAUCAUUUGUUUUUCCACUAAUACGUGUGCUUUCGCGCUAAAAAAUAUGUGUUCAUGCAGCACACAGCGCACGCCCCACAGUCGUUUUUUAUUUAUCUUUUUUAUAUUACUUUCAUAUUCCAAACUGCAUGGUUUCUAUUUCUCGUUUUUUUCACUUUUCGUUAUUGGUUAUUAGGAGUUUUUUUAUUUCAUUCAUAGCUAUUCGUCAAAUAUUAAAUUUUAUUCAAACUACUUAA